AUGGCUGUCAACGAAUUUGUCAAAGUAGCUUCGCCUACUGAUAUACUGGCUGAUGCCAUCCUAGAUAUCGUCCAGAGCUAUGGCAUGCAUACUAAGGCUGCUGAUAAUGGCACCACCACUGUAAAGGAGUGGGAAGGUCGCCUCAAGUUUAAGGAGCAUGUCGAGCACUGGAUCUGUGUCAAUGAGCCUAUCCGGUUCGUCAUCCCAUCGUACCCUUUCAAGUCGGAAAACCCAGACAAGGUUACCGGCUCAUUGCCGGACAUGUCCGAGUACAUUGGGCUCUUCCGACUGCAUGCCCUGACCCUGGACAUUCAGCAAGUCUAUAACCUUGGCGCCGAAGUCACUGUUGCCUCUGACGAUAUCUAUCCCACUUCGGACGAGAAAGUGUGGGAAUACUCGCAAGCCAUCAACCACAUGGCCAAGAGUUACAACUUCAACGUCAGAAUCUGCUCCCCGCACGAGCUAUUGAAGCUUCCCAACUCCGUUGUCGACAGAAAGUCAUACAUAGAUGGACUAGUCCAGUGCCGUUCAAUCAUCAAUAAACGCACGAAGCCAGAGAAACUGGAGGAGCUCUUCAAACGGGACCCUGACUCAUUGCGUACCUACUCGCAGAUGAGCCGCUUCUACGAGGUCGAUCUGAAGCACACACCUGUUCUGAAGAACCUUAACCGCACCCAGGGCAAGGUUGUUACAAAGAAGCUUGCUCGUGCCACCAUGGCUCGCUCGGAGGCAUUCACGGGCUUGGUACUGGAGGCCCUGCCUAACCAUGUCCGCCUCUCUGUCCACGCCUCCUCUGGCACGGUCAAGCUCUCUUUCCCUCUUGUGCCUCAGGGUUCCAAUAAAGCUUCCAUGUUCCGAGUACCCUGGAUGUCUUCUAUCGCUGUCAACGUCGCGGGCGAGUGCCAGAGUGUCUUCUCGGCCGAUGUCCGCGACACCCACGACCUCAUCUACAAGAAUGACAAGCCAUGGUGCUACCGGGAGCGUCAUCCCCUCUUCCAGUUCGACAGUGAUAAUGUUGUCCUCGAACACAUCUACCCUCGCGGGCUGGCUAUCAUCAACCUCAGUGCUAAGACCAGCGUUAUGAGCGCGGCUGAUGUCGAAAAGGCGAGAGAACUCCGAAGACUACAGCCAGUCUACGUCUUUGACUUUGGCAACCUGACGGAUGGCUUGCUUGAGGAAGAGCUUGUACUGCACGAGCAACUACUGAAGGGAGAUAUUCUACUGGGCGAGAAGGAAGUUGCGGCUGAGGAUGAACUUCUCGUUUAA